CAGUACAGUAAAGGUCUUUGGUUGCCGGCUGUAUGUGGUGUGUUGUAGGCAUGCGAAAUCUUUCCCGGAGAUUUAUUAUAUUUUUGAGUCUGUAGAGUUUGUAAUUCGAAGAAGUUAAAAAUGGAGAAUGAUAUUUUAGACUCUUUAGAAGAUCUAGGGUACACCGGUCCAUUGCUUGACGAUUCCUGCUUGGAAAAAGCUUUAGAUGGUGGCCCAAAAUCCGUCGAGUACACUGCCCUUGUGGAAUGGAUAUCAAAAGAACUCCAGACACUUUACCAUUUGGAAGAACAUGUUAACGCUAUCACAACUGCAGAGGAUUCUAGUUCGUUCAUGCUAGAACUCAGUAGUUUCUUGAAGGAGUUGGGAUGCGCAUAUAGCCAACUUACUGGGGGACAUAUGAGUGAAAGACUGGGAUCGAGGAAGAACCGGAUGUUACUUCUGGACUUUCUUCUGACUGAGCUACAGGCAGCACGGAUGAUCCAAGUCAAUAAACCAGAUGACUCUAAAACGAUGCAAGUUGAGUUGAGUGAAAGUUCCACUGCAAGUGACCUGAAAAACAUGCUGAUAGCAUUAAAAUUUCCGAAACCUCCAGCAAAUAUUACUCCAGCCCUUUUAUUUGGAAAAGUUGAAACAAAGAUGAAGGAGGUAUUGGCGAAAGCAUCUCCUGAAUUAAUUGGGAAGCCGUUAUUCACAGGUGUUCUAUCGGACAAACAGUGGCACAUCCUAGCUAACUUACAGUCCGAAAUGCAAGACGAGUAUCGUGUACGGAAAGAACUGCUAAUAAAGAGAUUAGAUGUGACUAUACAGUCAUUUCAGUGGUCAGAGCGGAUGCGUGGUAGAGAGGACGAGAUUGCAUCUAUUUUUCUAGUUCGUCGGAAAGCUUUAGACUCUGAGCCAAAUGUCCAUCUUGCUGAUCUUUUAGCAGCUCGAGAAGACCUGGCAGUCAUCGAAAAGACAAGCAGUGCUUCAGUCCGCAAGAACACUCAGUCUUCUAUCAAUAAAGUCAUCAUAGGCAGGGUUCCAGAUAGAGGAGGCCGCCCAAGUGAACAGCAGCCACCCCCACCAGAGAUGCCUAGUUGGCAGCAAUCAAAACCAGGUGGCGGAGGCCGAGGUGGUUUUGGGGGUGGAGGUGGCGGUGGGAGGGGAGGAGGUGGUGGCGGUGACAGAGGUGGUAGAGUACAAGGUGGAUGGAACACAGGCAAUGCAGGUGGUGGCCGUGGUGGUGGCGGCGGAGGCGGUGGCUACCAAGGUGGUGGCGGCGGAGGUGGUGGCUACCAAGGCGGUGGUGGCUACCAAGGCGGUGGUUACCAAGGUGGUGGUGGUUAUCAGGGAGGGGGUGGAUACCAGGGGGGCGGAGGUGGUUAUCAGGGAGGAGGUGGUUACCAGGGGGGAGGAGGUGGUGGAAGAGGGAGAGGAGGACGUGGAGGUGGUUGGAGUCGAGGUGGUGGAGGAAGGCAAGAUGGCUACCGAUAA